GUGAUGCAGCAUCUCUCAGCAGGAGAAGACAAUGUAUGUCAGCGGCAACCUGAACGGAUCUGAGGGCGGCGUGAUGCCCCGAAUUUAACCGAAUUUAAACGUUACCGAGUGAAAGGUGGUGAUGUAAGUGAGCGUCCAGCUGGUCGUCAGAGAGAGGGGAAACUAAAAGCGGAGGAGGGCGGAGACACUCACGCCCGUCACAGUGGAGGCUGGUUUGUUCGCGGCAAAGGGGCGAGGAGAGGAGUCAGCAUCACCAACUUCUGCCUCCGAGAGAGAAAACGGCAUCUGUUGAGAGGUCUGCGGAGGAACAAGGCGCGCGCUCUUCUCCGGAGGAGAAUUUGCGCUUCGGAGCAUCUGGAUACUGUUACUAUCUCUUAUCUAUCAAGGUUUUUUUUUAUUUUCUUUAAUUAGGGAGUUGGACGAUCACACAAGGGGGCGAAAGUUGCCGUGCAGAAGAAAAAAGAAAAAAAAGCACGAGGACGAAAAAAGGGAGGACGCACAACGGAGCACAGGAGCGGAGAGAGGAGAGGUGACCCGGCCGAGGCGACAUGUUUGGCAUGCUCAAGAACUCGCUCUUUGGAAACACCGAGGAGACCGAAUAUAAAUUGCUCAGCAGCGAGACGAAGGAUGGAGUGAGCUUUGAGGUGCGGCGGUACGAUGGGGCCAAGUACGCCGUCGUCUCAUCUGAGGGCCGAUCCUUUGACCAAGUGACGGGGGAGCUGGUGAGGAAGCUGCUCAUGUACAUCGGUGGGAGCAACGAGCAAGGUGAGGCCAUGGGCACGGCAGCACCCAUCAUCGUCACAGUGUACCCACGGAAUGACGGUGUCCUGUCUCGCCGCUUGGUGGUCGCCAUCCGCAUCCCCUCCAGCUACCAGCUGAGCCCCCCGACUCCCACCGACAGUGCCGUCAAGAUCGAGGAGCGGCCCGGCAUGACCGUCUACACUCUGCAGUUCGGCGGCUUCGCUGGGGAGACCGAGUACCGAGCAGAGGCCUUGCGUUUGACGCGCACGCUGGGUGAGACGGCGCCCUUCCAGCGCAAGCAGUACUUCUGCUGCAGCUACGACCCACCGCUCAAGCCUUACGGACGCCGCAACGAGGUGUGGUUUCUCCAGGAGGAGCCGUAGGGGCCGGUCCGUCAGAUCCGAAGUCAAAUCUCACGCCGAGUCCUGUAUUCGACCUUAAUUACCCCGUCACUUACGACAGUCCUGUAGCUCCAACAGUGCUCGAUUGAUUGGUAAGAGAAAUGUGGCGACUUGAUAGACCUUUAAACCCAAAAUGGACAGACACUACCCAUGUUGCCUUUACCCAUCAGAUCUUCUCGCUUGUACAGUAGCUACACUGUUGUUAGGUGUUCAGGCCAUGGGGAGGAUUUAGAAUCAAUGAGUCAUCGUCACGUCUUCUUUAAUUUAGUUUCUAAUUUAACCUCAGCCCUCGCAGCUCUGAAACGAGGCGUAAUGAGAGCGAUUAAAGGCUUCUAGGCAAAUGUAGUGUUGAGAAGUGAAGGUAUUUCGUGGUGUUUUCAUCUGAACGAGUUGCAUCACUGCUGACAGAUAUCUCGAGGAAACGACCUUUAGAUGGACUGGUAUGCCACUGGCAUGAGAAAGUUAUCUCAGUAACUCGGUGAAUAAUCUGCUGUAGUCUGAAUUCAAAUACAACUUUUUCCAUUCCUUUUAGAAUUAGAUGUUUGUCCUCACGGUUUGAUAAAGUCCUUGUAGAGCUCCCAAAAGAACAAACAGUAGGGUUUUGUACUUAAUCUAGUUUACUAUUUUGUGACGGCUACAGAGAAAUGUAAAUAAUUAAUCAUGGUAGUAAAAAGCACACUUCCUUUUCCUGAGUGAAAAAAAAAAAACAGGAGUCGAGCCAUUAAGUAGAAGUCGUCUUAAUUAACGAGAGGACAGCUGGGUGGACGCUAGCCGCUGCGUGUCGUUUUAUGAUUGUGUUAAUCCAUGCAGCAUUCGUGUGUAGUGAAUAUUGUGUUUCAGCGCAUGACGAUGCCAUCUUUAUUUAUUACGACUCUAGAAACAGUGUUAUGGGAUUUUUCUGUGAUGAGUAAAUAUAAUGUUCAGGUUUGAUAGUGUUUCACAACGUAAUAAAUAUAUUCAGUAAGAGUGCAGACA